CGGCCGCCUCCGCUUUCUCAGCCGCGAAUACCGCGCCCCGGCCGAGCUCCCCUGUUUCACUCUCGCGUCACGCUCACACCUCCUCCCUCUCCUCGCUCUCCUCUCCCCCGGUCUCUCUCCCCGUCCAAAAAGCCCCGCCACGAGGCCUCGCCGCCCGCGCCCAGCCCCACCCUGCAGCCUGCCAGCCUCCCCUAUCCUUCGGCUUUUGCCCCCGUUUCCCCCGCCUAGAAACACGAGCCCAGCGGCGCAGGCGCUUCCGCUUCCUGCAGGCACUGCACGCUCCGCGCACCCCUCCAUGGCGUCGGAGGCCGCGGCGUUCUGCGCCUCGGCGGCCAAGGGAGGCGCCGCGGGGGCGGGGGGCGGCCCGCGCCCGCCGCACGGCCGCCUCGUACUCCCGGCGGGGCGCGCCCGCGAGGCGGUGGCGUUCGCGGCGGGCGCCGUGGCGGCCGCGCUCGCGCUCGCGCUCCUCUGCUCCCCCUCCGUCCUCGCCCCCACGCCCGUGCCCAACAUCGUCACCAUCCCCUCUUCCUCCCACACCGCCGGCCCCGCCGCGGCGGCGGUCGGGAAGGGCCCGCGCACGUUCUACGACGACCCGUCCCUGUCCUACUCCGUCCGCGGCCGCGUCACGGGCUGGGACGCGAAGCGCGCGGAGUGGCUGCGCACCCGCGGCCUCGACCCUGGCUCGGCCGCCGUGUCCCGGCGCGUGGUCAUGGUGACGGGGUCCCAGCCGGAGCCCUGCAAGGGCCCCGGGGGCGACCACCUCCUCCUCCGCUUCCUCAAGAACAAGCUCGACUACUGCCGCCUCCACGGCGUGGAGCUCCUCUACAACACCGCGCUGCUGGAGCCGUCCAUGGUGGCGUACUGGGCCAAGAUCCCCGCGGUGCGCGCCGCCAUGCUGGCGCACCCGGAGGCGGAGUGGGUCUGGUGGGUGGACGCCGACGCCGUCUUCACGGACAUGGACUUCGCCCUCCCGCUCGAGCGCUACGCGGGGAGCGACCUGGUGGUGUACGGGUGGGAGGCGGAGGUGUACGAGGAGCGGUCGUGGGUGGGGCUCAACGCCGGCGUGUUCCUCAUCCGGAACUGCCAGUGGGCGCUGGACCUCAUGGACGCGUGGGCGCGGAUGGGGCCGGCCUACCCGGAGCACGCCGCGUGGGGGAAGGCGCUGCGGGAGGAGCUGUCGGGGAAGCCCAACGACGAGUCGGACGACCAGUCGGCGCUCGUGUACCUGCUGGCCAAGGACCCCGGCGGGCGGCGGUGGGCCAACCGGACGCGCCUCGAGACGGGGUACUACUUCCAGGGGUACUGGGCGGAGAUCGUGGGCCGGCUCGACGGCGUCGCGUCGCGGUACGAGGCCGUGGAGCGCGGCCGCGGCGCCGCGGCGGCGGGGCUCCGGCGGCGGCACGCGGAGCGGGAGCACCCCCGAUACGCGGCGGCGCGGGACGCGGCGCUGCGGGCGGCUGGCGUGCCGGGCCCCGCGGGCGGCGGGCAGAAGGGGUGGCGGCGGCCGUUCGUGACGCACUUCACGGGGUGCCAGCCCUGCGGCGGCGCGCCCAACCGGAUGUACACGCGGAGGCGGUGCGCCGAGGGGAUGCGCCGCGCGCUGGCGUUCGCGGACGACCAGGUGCUCCGCGCGUACGGGUUCCGCCACGCCGCGCCGCUCAGCGACAGCGUCGUGCCGCUGCCCUUCGACUACCCCGCCGCGCAGUGACGGCGCGGCCGGUGGCCGCGGCGGCGGAAGUGUGCCAGCGUGUGCUGUACAUUUUGGGUGCUGAACAAUUACCGUGAGAAAUUUGGUUUUGGGCCGAUUUUAACGAGCCGUGACGCUUGGAUUUCGUCGAAAUGGAACCCAAAGAUGUUAUCUUU